AGGAGUAGAAAUUGGUAUCAAUAUUUAGGUUUUGGUUUCAGUUUAGUGUGUGAUGCAACAGAGAGGAAGAAAUAACAAUAGCAGAUCAAGGUCUUUUUCCAGAUCUCGCCUUGCAGUCGAGGGAAUUUAGCUCUUCUUUUUUCUCUUUUUAUUUCCAAAAAAAAAAUUAAAACUUUUCCACACGGAAAGCUUGCUAGAGGUCUCCUGUGUUAACAAUGGCGACUAACGGAUUUGUAGGCGAUGAACGAAAGGUUCAGAAGAGCUAUUGGAUUGAGCACUCUGUUGAACUGACGGUUGAGGCUAUGAUGCUUGAUUCUAAAGCCGCUGAUCUUGACAAAGAAGAACGUCCCGAGGUGCUCUCCCUACUCCCAUCAUAUGAAGGGAAAUCCAUUUUGGAGCUAGGAGCUGGAAUUGGUCGAUUUACUGGUGAAUUGGCUAAGAAGGCCGGUCAUGUUAUAGCUUUAGACUUCAUUGAGAACGUUAUAAAGCAGAAUGAGAAGAUAAAUGGACAUUGUAAGAAUGUCCAAUUCCUUUGCGCGGAUGUGACUUCCCCAGAUUUGAAAUUUUCGGAAGGAUCACUGGACUUGAUUUUCUCUAACUGGCUGUUGAUGUACCUCUCAGAUAAAGAGGUUGAGAAUUUGGCAGAAAGGAUGGUGAAAUGGUUGAAGAUCGGUGGAUAUAUUUUCUUCAGGGAGUCUUGUUUUCAUCAAUCUGGUGAUUGCAAGCGAAAGAACAACCCAACUCACUAUCGUGAGCCCAGAUUUUACACUAAGGUCUUUAAAGAAUGCCAUGCAACUGAUGAUUCAGGAAAUUCAUUUGAACUUUCUCUUGUUGGCUGCAAGUGCAUUGGAGCUUAUGUUAAGAACAAAAAGAAUCAGAAUCAGAUUUGCUGGAUCUGGCAAAAGGCUGAUUCAGAUAAUGAUAGAGGAUUCCAGCGAUUCUUGGAUUCUGUUCAGUACAAAUCUAAUAGCAUACUCCGUUAUGAGCAUGUAUUUGGAGAAGGAUUUGUGAGCACAGGAGGAAUUGAAACAACAAAAGAAUUUGUGGGGAAGUUGGAUCUUAAGCCUGGCCAGAAGGUCCUAGAUGUUGGCUGUGGCAUUGGUGGAGGUGACUUUUAUAUGGCUGAGGAAUUUGAUGUCCAUGUUGUGGGAAUUGAUCUCUCCAUAAAUAUGGUAUCUUUUGCUCUUGAACGAGCUACUGGACUCAAGUGCUCAGUGGAAUUUGAAGUUGCUGAUUGCACUAAGAAGAUUUAUCCGGACAACAGUUUUGAUGUCAUCUACAGCCGUGACACUAUUCUACACAUUCAAGACAAACCUGCACUAUUUAGAUCAUUCUACAAAUGGUUGAAGCCAGGAGGCAAACUUCUUAUAACUGAUUACUGCAAAAGUUCCAAGACUCCAUCGGCAGAAUUUGCCGAGUAUAUCAAGCAGAGAGGCUAUGAUCUCCAUGAUGUAAAAUCAUACGAGCAGAUGCUUAAGAAUGCUGGUUUCGAUGUGGUGGUUGCAGAGGAUCGAACCAAUCAGUUCAUACAAGUUCUGCAGCGUGAAUUAAAUGAAGUCAAGAACGGCAAGGAUGCGUUUAUCUCCGACUUCUCUCAGGAAGACUAUGAUGAAAUAGUCGAUGGAUGGAAGGCAAAGCUGAUGAGGAGCUCCUCAUCAGGCGAGCAGAGAUGGGGGCUUUUCCUUGCCAUCAAGAACUGAGUCAUGCUUCUCAUCUUAUGUUCCUUUCCGUAAUAAUAAAUAAAUAAAUGCAUGCAACUAUUUCAUGCUGCAAUGAUCAGCUGUUUUCUUCCUAGUCGAUGAUGAACGGUAUUUCUAGUUUUUUUCUUUUUAUGUAUUCGUUGCCUCGAAUAAAUCCUGCUAGUUCCAUGGUUA